GUUCCAACCUUUGAGGCUUCAAGGAUGUUCUUCUCGGACGGGUCUCUCUCAGCCGUCAAUCAUGCGCUCCUCUUGGGAAUAACGUGCCUGAGCGUCGUCUGCGAUUUCACCAAGGGCUCUUCGGACCUUUCAGGUUACUUGUCCAAAGUGCUGAGGAACUACACAGAGCAGGCUUGCGACGGAGACUUCCUGUCUGUUCGUUGCCCGCCCCGCACCACCAUCACUGUCCAAUCGGCUUUCUACGGCCGGAGAGGCGCCUCCGACCCCCAGCAGUGCCCUCAGACCUACCAGGCGCCGCUCAGCUCUGCCGCCGCCCGCCAGAAUGAGCAGCAUUGCACCGCCUCCACUGCAUUACAGAAAAUGCUGGACGAGUGCCAGGACAGAAGGAGCUGUCAAGUGCUUGUCAACAGCCGCGUGUUUGGGACGGACCAGUGUCCAGGCAGCAGUAAAUACCUCAUUGUGUGGUACAAAUGCAGACCUAAUGAGUACAAGAGCAAGGUGGUGUGUGAGGGCGAGAGGAUGAGGCUGAGCUGCAAGCGCGGCAUGCAGAUCGCCGUCUACUCCGCCAUGUUCGGCCGCACGCAGCAGGGCACGCUGGAGUGCCCCCCGCACCACCGGAGGGCUCCGUCCGUAGACUGCCAGUCGCCUGUGGCCCUGCAGGUUCUGACCUCGCGCUGUCAGGGCAAGAAGAGCUGCGUGGUCCCAGCCUCCACCAGAGACUUUGGGGAUCCGUGCUACGCUGGAACCAGAAAGUACCUCAGCGUCAUCUACACCUGUGUUCCAAAGAAGUUGCUUCCGGAUCAGGACAGCGGGCCGUCGGUGUUCUCCGCACCACCCAGCGUCCAUGACCCCAACAUAGUGGGAGACAGCCCCGUCAGGAGACCCGACAGCGUCCCGGACAAGAAGGUGGUUAGAGAGACGAACCCCGAGGAGGAGAAGACCUCAGGGACUGGGAGAGAGGGGGGAGAGAGUCGGCUGCGACCCAGAGGCAUGAACCCCGUCAUCAACGCCACGUCUGGAAGCAGCAUGGCCUUCAUCAGCAACGCACUGGCAGCCUACACAUACAUCUCAGACCACCCGGAAAGGGCCGCGCUCUUCUUCGUCUGCGGCGUGUGCCUGGGCCUCUUCCUCACCCUCUUCGCCCUGGUGGUCCAGAUCUCCUGCCGCACCGACUGCCGGCCCCGCCAGCGGCCCCCGGCCAAGAAGCGGGCGCACGCCGCCGACUCGUCCUCCGACUCCAGCGACUCGGACUCGGACUGGGACACCACCUCGGACCUGUCGGCGCGGCGGCACAGGCGCUUCGAGCGCACGCUCAACAUGAACGUGUUCACGUCGGCGGAGGAGCUGGAGCGGGCGCAGAGGCUGGAGGAACGGGAGAGGAUCAUCCGAGAGAUCUGGAUGAAUGGCCAGCCGGACAUCCCCGGGACGCGCAGCCUCAAUCGCUAUUACUGACAACUGACACAGGCUUUUAUUGGCUUGUGUUGCAUUAGACGGGGAAACGAGCAAGCAAACAUGCACCAGCAUCCGUGGGGUCUCUCUGACUCUGAGAACACUGGAGGGUUUUGCAGAUUUCCCCCUGUGCUGCUUUGCAUAUUCCUCUGGGUCUCAUAAGCUAUACCCCAUUCACUAACAGAAUAAGCUCCCCCUCUGCGUAGUGAACUCACCUGGUUCUGCCGGAAACAAGGGGUGAAAGGUCACGGCGCCUUGCCCAUGACCUCGACGGGCCUUUUUGAAGUGGGGAUUUAUGGGUUAGCUGCUUUAGACACACACACCCUGCAACAGACUGAAGGACCAAGGCCUCAGAUGGCUCUGGUUUAUAUACGGGACCCAGCAGCUGCAGAAGACUGUGACACUUGGAGCUUGGAGCCGAGUGACCUCCAGAAUCCCAGGGUGGAACUAAAGUGUGCUCCUGAGACAAAUUAAGACGAUCCUUCCACAGUGAAUAACCAUGCUGCCUUUUGAACUUCAUAACACCAAAAGAUAUUUGGAGAGUUCAUCUCAACCCUCAUGAAAUCUAUUUUAUAAUAUUUAAUAGUUUAUUGAUGUUGUGUAUUUCUUUCUCAAUAUGGUUUAUUAUGAGAUAUUUUUAUACUUCGGCGAAGGUUGUCUGGCACCUCAGGGAUGCAAUCCUAGUGUUUCUGUGUUGGGUUGACGUAUUUGCUUCCUUAAAAGGGGCUCAGCCCACUGAAACAGCUUUGUCACCAGAAAAGAAUUAGAAAUAUCAUAUGAAGAGCCUCCAAGAGGUUGUAGUGAUUUAACCUUAUUUUUGAUACAGUGUGUUGAAAAGCGCAGUGCCUUCGAUGUGAACAAGCGUGCAGCUGGUGUAUCGCUCAGUAACUGCUCGAAUAAUUUACGAAUUGAAAACCCCUUAAACUGACAGAAUCACAUCCAGUAAGUUUUCCCUUUCACCGUUACUGUUGCUUUACAUGGAGCAUAAACCCAGUAUGUCUCUGUCAAACUUUGCACUUGCUAUCUCACCAGAUGUAACUUAAAAUGAUAAAAUUAUGUCAAUUUUGUACAAGUGAAUUUGCUACAAAUUAUGUUCAUAGGAAACGCCGCUGCUCAUUGCGUGAAGAAGGAACCUGGACUGCAAAUGAUAUUUGCAGUGAACAUGAAAGCUUUGUCUUUUGUUAUGCUGUUGCCAGUUUAAUAGUAUAAGCUAUUGUGAAUUGAGUUCAGUGGAUUCAAAUAGAAAUAUUUAAAGUUUUCAUAAAAAGCUUGGGACUUACUGUUUAAGUAUUUUUUUUUCAUCCACAUAAAUACUGCCCCUUGUCGAUUUUAUAAAUGUGCCAGUAGCAGGUAAAAUGAGACCAAAAUAUUGAGACUCCUGUGCUUGGAAUAAAGUAUGUUCACAAUA